AUGGCUUCUCUCCCGCCAUCGCUUGACCACCUUCCACCUGAAAUCACCCAUCAGAUCCUGGCCCGUCUCGAAGACGCUGACCUGCGUGCUCUUGGACUGGCCAGCAAGUGUUGGUGCUCUUUGGCCAGGCCUCACUGGGGCUGGACCAUCCAGAUUCGACUUUCCACUCCUCAACAGCUUUGUGAGGACCUGGCCACAUGGAGCCACAGGGUUGCAGUCAUUGGACCAGAGCGUGUGUCCCAGCUCAUUAUCAGUGGUGGGACCAGGAAUCCGCUUGCUGAUGAUAGGAAGAAUGUCGCUCUGGAGGCCUUGUCGGAAUUUGUUCACAAGCUCCUGUGGUUGAGUCAACUAAAGGUUGAUUGCGAGGAUUGGUUUGGGGACAGUGUGCUUCCUCGGUGCUUGUGGAAAGCACUCGAGAACCUCCCUCCCCAGUGCAAGCUCGACUACAGAAGGUUCAGCCCCCAGAGGGUUAGGAGUACCUCUCGAAUCAGCCGCGAGGACUAUGCGUUCUUAACUUCACCCAAUCUGCAUGCUGUCGAAGCCCGUUACUGUCAUUUUACAGGGACAGAGCACGGGGAAAUGGAACUUAAUUACGCCGCCGAGGCGCUGCUAGACAUGACCAGGUUCAACCGCAACAUCAAGAGCGUCAGCAUGUAUCCAUUGGGUAUUUUCCAGGAGAUCGAUCAAGUGCGAGGGCUCCUGCAGUCCUGGCCACCCUGGCCAGGCUUCAUCUUUCCCGAAGGAAUAUCACCGCCCGUGCCAGCUCAACGCGGAGCGCCCACAUCGCUUCACUGUAGGGGCGAUGCAGAGAACUUUUGCGUGUACAGCCAGCUGAUCGACUUCUCUCAGCUACAAAAGCUCAACCUUACCUCUGGUCCUGCCGACUGGCUUAUCUGCCACGCGCUCAAGCUGGGCCCAGAAGAACGUCCGGGUCGGGAAAGAGCCCCCACUUGCACGUGUACACGAAACUUGAGGCCAUACUUGAACUUCUCCUCGCUGAAGGAGCUGGUCCUGGAGAUCACUGUUACAAAUCAUGGGGCCCGGCGCGAUCUGUUAACUUCAUCAGAGCCAUACGAAGCCUUCCUUCGCCAUAUCCCGCCACUGGCGAAACUUUCCAUUCAUGGCUUUUCGACUCUGAGCUUAUUCAACACGAUUGUGUCCCAUCACGGCGGUUCACUUCGGCAGCUCAGCAUAGUACCCGAAGAAUGGCAGGCGAACGUGAUCCUGUCACUCCCUGAGGUUGUACAGUUUCAAAGCAUGCCCUUCCUGACGCAUCUCACCAUCCCUGUUCGUCGCUCUAAAGGUUCGGCCGCCGAAGUCGCCAUCUAUCACGCUCUCGGUCAGCUGCCCAAGGUGCAAGAGAUGAGUUUGUUCCUUUGCUAUCCGCUGGUCGAUCUAAUCCCUUACGACCCUGCAAGGGGGGAAUGGGACGAGGCCCCCAACGAUCCUUCGUUUGACGAAUUUGAGCAGCAGUUCUGGUACCCGGAGCAUGACACGGCACGCAUGGGACAUUUCAAGGACCUCUUAAUCAGCGGGGCCCUCGACGAGAAGUUGGCCACCAGCAUCUUCAAUCGUAUUUCCUCGGCCAAAACAGCAAGAUCGUUCCCACUUGAGCGAUUGAAACUCUUUUCGAUGGGCGGCGGUGAUGAGUGGGAUCAGAACAGCGUUGACGAUAUGAGUUUAGACUAUGUUUUCCAAGUGGUUUCGAAGUGGUGGAACAUCGAACGGGGGAGGCGCGAUGAUCAGCGCGACGUGCUAUUCACCCGCCUAAUCCGUGAGGAUGAAUUCUUUCGACGAUUCCGUCCACGAGAACCGCAGGUCCAACUCGAUUAUACGACGAAAAAGGAAGUCCUCGGCCCUUCCACCGAGAAACUCUUCUCCCACGUCUGGCCUGACUGGCAAACGCGAAACGAAGAUUGGAGGCAUGCGUGGCAUAGUUUUCCGUUGGACGAUGGAGGGAGCCUGGAAGACCCUCAAGCAGGUUGA